AUGGCCGCCUCUCCUACAGGAGGCCAAGUCACUGAAUAUCGUCAAGAACACAAGCGAUAUGGUCGCGUGGCAUUCCGACGCAAGCGGACCCCACUGGGACAGGCUCGGAGAGGAAUUUCCAAUUCCACGUUUCAAGGUGGCGGAGAGGGUUCAGAAGGGGAUGACCAGGCUGCUGCUGGGAAGGGAGGCUGGCAGGUCGUCGCGGUGUAUGGAGCUCUCUCCGACCUGUUGUCAGUUGCCAGCAAUAAGCUCAGUAUCAAAGCGUCUCACCUCUACAAUGGCAAGGGUGGUCUCAUCGAUGACAUCGCUCUCAUCCGAGAUGACGACGUACUGUACGUAUCCGAAGGCGAGCCCUUCAUAGACCCAGAGGGACAGCAGAAAAGCUCAGAGACCAAAUCAGGCACGUGCGCUGACUGGAUAACACUAAAUGUUGGAGGGCAGUAUUUCACCACCACACGGAGCACUUUAGUAAAUAAGGAGCCAGAGAGUAUGCUUGCUCACAUGUUCAGUGAUAAAGAUGCCUGGGGCAACAAGAGAGACCACCAGGGGGGCUUCCUCAUCGACCGCAGCCCCGAGUACUUCAUGCCGAUCCUGAACUACCUGCGGCACGGCCAGCUCAUCGUCAACAAGGGUCUCAACCUGCUGGGUGUCCUCGAGGAAGCCAAGUUCUUCGGAAUAGACUCGCUAAUCGAACAGUUGGAGUUGCUGAUUAAGAACUCCCUGCCUGCCGAGGACCAUUCCCCCAUCUCCCGGAAGGAGUUUGUCCGCUUCCUGCUGGCCACGCCCACCAAGUCGGAGCUGCGUUGCCAGGGUCUGAAUUUCCGCGGGACCGACCUGUCGCGGCUGGACCUCCGUUACAUCAACUUCAAGAUGGCCAAUCUGAGCAACUGUAACUUGAGUCACGCCAACCUCUGCAGCUCCAACCUGGAGCGGGCAGACCUGUCUGGCGCCACCCUCGACGGUGCCAACCUCCAGGGGGUGAAGAUGCUGUGCUGUAACGCCGAGGGGGCAUCGCUGAAGGGCUGCAACUUCGAAGACCCCGCAGGCCUGAAAGCCAACUUGGAGGGCGCAAACCUGAAGGGGGUGGACAUGGAGGGCAGCCAGAUGACGGGCAUCAACCUGCGGGUAGCCACCCUGAAGAACGCCACGCUGAAGAACUGCAACCUCCGAGGGGCAACGCUGGCCGGCACAGACCUGGAGCGGAGGAGCCAGUUCUCGAGAAGCCCCCUUGUUGCAGUGUCAAGUGUGGGGGAGGAAAGCUCACCAAAUGUUUGCAGGGUCUGCGGAGGAGAAGUCAGGUUCCUAAUUAUCCUCCGUGUCAACCUCUUCGGGGACACGAGAGGGCAAGUGGGGCUUCUAGCCCAGAGGUGGGGACGCUACGCCUUUCAGGGAAGGUUUAGUUCCAUUAUUCAACCCUGA